AUGUUCUUGCUGCCUCUUCCGGCCGCGGGGCGAGUCGCCGUCGGACGUCUGGGGGCGAAGCGUUUGUGGAGUCGAGGUCUGGGCACCGCAGACAUGACGAAGGGACUUGUUUUAGGGAUCUACAGCAGAGAAAAAGACAACGAUGUGCCACCGUUUACAAGUGCAGGAGAGAAUUUUGAUAAACUGGUGUCUGGGAAGCUGAGAGAAAUCCUGAACAUAUCGGGACCUCCGCUGAAAGCAGGCAAAACCCGAACCUUUUAUGGUCUGCACGAGGACUUCUCCAGUGUGGUGCUGGUUGGCCUCGGCAGAAAGGGGGCUGGCGUGGAUGACAAGGAAAACUGGCACGAAGGCAAAGAAAACAUCAGAGUGGCCGUUGCAGCGGGGUGCAGGCAGUUCCAGGACCUGGAGAUCUCCUCCGUGGAGGUGGACCCCUGCGGCGAUGCCCAGGCGGCCGCGGAGGGGGCAGUGCUCGGCCUCUACGAGUAUGAGGACCUGAAACAGAAGAAGAAGCCGACCGUAUCGGCGAAGCUGCACGGAAGCGGCGACCUGGAGGCCUGGCAGAAGGGGGUCCUCUUUGCCUCCGGGCAGAACCUGGCACGCCAGCUGAUGGAGAGUCCUGCCAACGAGAUGACGCCCACUAGAUUUGCUGAAAUCAUCGAGAAGAAUCUCAAAAGUGCUAGCAGUAAGACAGAAGUCCACAUCAGACCCAAGUCCUGGAUUGAGGAACAGGAAAUGGGAUCGUUCCUGAGUGUGGCCAAAGGGUCCGAUGAGCCUCCGGUCUUCCUGGAAAUCCACUACAGAGGCAGCCCCAACGCAGGCGACGCACCGCUGGUGUUUGUUGGGAAGGGGAUUACCUUCGAUAGCGGCGGCAUCUCCAUCAAGCCCUCCGCAAACAUGGACCUCAUGAGGGCUGACAUGGGAGGAGCUGCCACCAUCUGCUCGGCCAUCGUGUCCGCCGCCAAGCUCGGCCUGCCCGUUAACCUCAUCGGUUUGGCUCCUCUUUGUGAAAACAUGCCCAGUGGGAAGGCCAACAAGCCUGGAGAUGUCGUUAAAGCCAAGAAUGGAAAGACCAUUCAGGUGGAUAACACCGAUGCUGAGGGGAGACUCAUCCUGGCCGACGCGCUCUGUUAUGCACACACCUUUAACCCAAAGUUAAUCAUCAAUGCCGCCACCCUAACAGGUGCCAUGGACAUCGCUUUGGGCUCCAGCGCCACUGGGGUCUUUACCAAUUCAUCCUGGCUGUGGAACAAACUAUUUGAGGCCAGUGUUGAAACAGGGGACCGUGUCUGGAGGAUGCCUCUCUACGAACAUUAUACAAGACAGAUUGUAGACUGCCAGCUUGCUGAUGUGAAUAACAUUGGAAAAUACAGAUCUGGAGGAGCAUGCACAGCUGCAGCGUUCCUGAAAGAAUUUGUGACUCAUUCGAAGUGGGCGCAUCUAGACAUCGCAGGUGUGAUGACCAACAAAGAUGAGAUCUCCUAUCUGCGGAAAGGCAUGACUGGGAGGCCCACGAGGACCCUGAUAGAGUUCCUGGUUCGGUUCUGUCAAGACAGUGCUUAG